AUGCCUGGUACUGUUGCAGUCCUUAGGACGAGUCCUGUUCGUAUCGGUGCACAGCUGGACGAGUCUCAAGCUUAUUUUCACAGACUAUUUUGGACGUUUCCACCAUGUAUCGAGGCAUUCCGUCAUUGCAAGCCCCUAGUUAGUAUUGACGGCACCCAUCUCUAUGGCAAGUAUGGGGAAACGUUGCUUGUCGCGAUUGCACAGGACGGAAACUCCAACAUACUCCCUGUGGCAUUCGCAUUAGUCGAGGGUGAGAAUGCUGAGUCGUGGGCCUUCUUUCUCUCCCACCUGCGUGAGCAUGUGACACUGCAGCCGGGUCUGCUGGUUAUAUCGGACAGGCAUAACGGCAUCAAGGCCGCGCUUGAGGCUCCUGACGGAGGAUGGUUACCUCCGUCUGCAUACCAGACAUUCUGCAUUCGACAUGUAGCGGCAAAUUUUGCCCUAACCUUCAAGGGCAAAGACGCAAGGAGGCUACUUGUGAAUGUGGCAUACGUUAAGACCGAGGUCGAGUUCCAUUACUGGUUUGAUAUUCUGAGGUCUAAAGACCCGGCGAUGUGUGACUGGGGUGUCAGAAACCUUCCUGUGUACUCGCUAGUGAAGGCAACAUACGGAAGGUUGGCCGAAUUAUUUGUUCGCAAAGGGAGAGAGGUUGAGGCACAGCAGGGAACCGGACAACAAUUUAGUCAGCACUUGGUAAAGUGUAUAGAGGCCAACUUGAAUACGGCUCGGUGCUUCACGGUGACUUUGGAUGACAGGGAUAACUCCGAGUUCACCGUCGCAGAGACAACUCCUACUGGUUCUUUCUCACUGGGUAGCUACAGAGUCUCGCUUGCAUCUCAGACAUGUGACUGCAGAUACUUCCAGGCCCUUCAUUUUCCGUGUCCCCACGCACUGGCAUGCUGUGCCUAUUCACGGCUUACAUGGGAGCCUUACGUCCACCAGUGCGAUGUAUUGUGA